AUGCACCAUCAAAAGGAAAUCUUCGAUCUUGUGAAAGAGAUGAAUAUACCAAUGAAAAAGUUAGUCCGAGGGAUCGACAAAUAUGGCUAUACCAUUUUACACUAUGCUGGAGACAUGGCCAGUGAUAAUGCAGAUAUUCACCGUGGUCCUGCAUACUAUCUACAAGAAGAGUUAAAGUGGUACAAAAGUGUGGAGAAGUUAGCGCCCACCCAUUUUGCCAUGCUCCGUGUAACUGCAAAAGAUGACAAUAAGGAAGAGAAGAAAGACACUGCAAAAGAUGACAAUAAGGAAGAGAAGAAAGAUGAUAAUAAAGAAAAGAAGAAUUUUUACAAUUGCAAAGAGCUGUUCGACCUGAAGCACGACAAACUACUCAAAGAAGCACAGAAAUGGGUAAAAGAAACUUCUCAGUCUUGCUCUGCGGUGGCUGUUCUCGUCGCCACCGUGGUGUUUGCAGUUGCCUACACUGUACCUGGAGGCUUCAAUGAGAAGGGUUAUCCAGUUUUCCUUAACAACAAUUUCUUCAUGUUUUUCACAGUCAUGGACGUUGUUGCUUUAGCCUGCUCCUUGACCUCGGUGGUAAUGUGCUUAUCCGUCCUCACUUCACCUUUUAGUUAUGAAGAAUUCCAUCACAAACUCCCUCGAAAACUGACAAUAGGCUUCUCCUUACUCUUCGUUGCAUUGACUACAACAAUGCUUGCAUUCGCGGCAACAUUAUUGCUCAUUGUUCGUUAUCAAAAACCAAAUUGGACCACCACUCUUAUUUACACUGUUGCAUUUUUCCCGGUCAAUAUAUUUGCACUCACGCAGUUCCCUAUGCAUGAUGCAUUUAAGGCAACUUUCCUCGACCUUUUCAAGUGGAUUAAGAAGGUUUUGAAGUGGAUUAAGAAGGUUCAGAAUAAGAAGGUUCAAAAGUGGAUUAAGAGGGUUCAGAAGCGGAUUUCUAAGGCUGAUUUUUGUAAACGGUUUAAGAAGCUUCCGAUGAAUGACGAGUCCUCCAAGAAGGAUGAUGAUCGUGAGCCUGGACUCCCAGUAUGA